UAAUAAUAUUGAUUCUAUAAAAAAAAUGAAUAUAGGUUGGAUUGGGACAGGUGUAAUGGGUGUAUCAAUGUGUAAACAUAUUAUGAAAGCAGGGCAUAAAUUACGAAUAUUCAACAGAACAAUAGCAAAAGCCUAACCAUUAAUAGAAGCCGGAGCAGAAUUUGUUUAACCAAAAGAAUUGGCUGAAAAAAGCGAUGCAGUGUUUUUAAUGUUAGGAUAUCCAAAGGAUGUAGAAUAGGUAGUAUUAGGAGAAUAAGGAAUAUUAAAUAAUAUGAAGAAAGGAGCAUUGUUAAUUGAUCACACAACAUCAUCUCCUGAAUUAGCAGAGAGAAUAUUUAAAGAGGCAAGUGAGAGAGGAAUAGAUUCUAUUGAUGCUCCAGUUAGUGGAGGAGAUAUAGGAGCUCGUGAAGGAAGAUUAGUAGUGAUGUGUGGAGGUUAGUAGUAAGCUUUGGAUAGAAUAAAUGAGGUAUUAAAAGUAUAUAGUGGAAAUAUAUAAUUGAUGGGUAAUGCUGGAUUAGGUUAACAUACUAAGAUGGUGAAUUAAAUUGUUUUGGCAGGUAAUAUGAUAGGAACAGUUGAAGGUUUAUUAUAUGGACAUAAAUGUGGAUUGAAUUUGGAAUAAUUAAUAAAUACAAUCAAGAGUGGUGCAGCUAAUUCAACAGCUUGGAGUGUUUUAGGAUUGAGAAUGGUUAAAGGAGAUUUUGAACCAGGAUUUUAUGUAGAACAUUUUAUUAAAGAUUUAAAUAUAGCGAUAAAUGAAGCUAAUAGAAUGAAUUUAUGUUUACCAGGGUUAGCAUUAGUGAAAUAAUUAUAUCAUGCAUUAGUUGCUUAAGGUGGAGGAAGAAACGGAACUUAAGCAUUACUUUUAGCAUUAGAAACAUUGAAUAACCAUAAGAUUAGAUGAU